AUCUAAAACCUGCAGGACACCCGCCCUCGAGGCCUGGAAUUGCCCACCCCUGCUUUAAGCAGUCAUAUAGAAGCAACUACCUGUUUGCUGUGUUUUCAGCAGAAAAUCAUGUCCCACUUGUUGUACGCAGCACACUGUUCUAUAAAAUAUUACGUUUUAUAUACCUGUUUUUACUGUGAUUUUUGAUUAUAAUUUAACCAGAAAUAAAAGAGUUGAUUCAAAACACAAAAUGAGUGCAAAUUCAGAGGUGUCGGCAUAGUUUUCUGCAUAAAAAGUCCUUCUCAUACAGGAAAAAAUACUGUAUUUAGUGUAAAAUAUAACUGUGAUUUGCCCUUUAAACAGCUCACUAUGAGAACUUUAAUCUGUCUUUAAAAAAAUGAGCCAUAGAACUGGAUUCUUUUAUUUUUUCUGUGUCCUCCUCUCUGCUCCCUCGUGCCAUCUGAUGAAGACGAGGCAUAAUUGAUUCAAAGCUUAAACCUUUGCCUGGGAGACAGCUUUGAUUUCACAAGUAAUGGAGCGACAGAGAGAAGACACGAGAAGGACUGAAGCAGACACCAGGGAAGGAAAGCAACUUUUUCCACUCCGUGUUUGGGAUGCUGGAUGGAAACAGGCCUCUUUCUGAGAUGAGCCACAAGAUGGCGCUAUAAAGUAGCUUGCAGCUCAGCACCACACUGGCUGGGAUGGAGAAGUUGCCCUUGUUGGGAUGGGGCUACCCUCAACUGAGGCCUUUGCUGUGCUGCUUUUUCCCCACUACUGGCCCGACCGCAUCACUGAUGCACUCAUGGUCUCCUCACAAACAGCUCAUGUAAACUCUGAGUCAUCCGUGGCAUCUUUUAUACUGUUACUGCUACUGUCUUACUGUCAUCUGUCAGCUGUCUUUUUAUCUGGAAAGUCACGGGGAAGUGACAGGUGGGAAAUGGUCCGUGUAUCCAAACAUACAUAUGCACAAGACGGGCAUCCCGUGGCUAAAGAUGGACCUGUUGCCAUCCGAAGUGUGGGUUUUGUGCAGACACACGGUGGUGGUGUUUCCUCUCCUGUCCAUGCUGCAUUAAAAAGUGUGCAUUGUCAGAUCUUUAAAGGGCCGUCACGUUAACGCGUGGCACUUCGAUUCACAAAACAGCAGCAACAGUAACACUAACACUGCAGUGAACUCCUGAGUAAGCAUGUGCGAGCAGGAAAGCCCGCACUCCCAAAGUUCCAAAAAUAGAUCCACGUGCACGUGCCGAGCAUGAUAAACCUAUCAACCUAAAGUUAGGAUUCCUCAAAUACACGAUGAGACAGACGUUUCCCGAGAGACCCACAGAGAGAGCGCCUGUGUGUGUGUGCAGACUAUAGGCGGGUGGGGGUGGAGUGGGGGGCUGGUAGACACGAGUGCAUUUGGUAUUCAGCCGUGCCUAGUAUUUAUCUGUCUGCUGGCUGUCUGGUCUGGUCUGGCCUGUUAGUGGUGUCACCCUGCGUGCUCCCCAGGGGACUAAAUUGACGCUCCAGACAGACUGUGCAUGUGUGCGCUUGCAUUUUUGUGGUUGUGGUGGUGGAUGGAUGCGGGUGAAUCGAUGUGUGUCUGUCUGUGGAUGAGAGCUUGUCUGGGAUGUGUGUGCAUGGCUGUGACCUCAGAUCAAGACAUAAAAACAAAUUGUAAAAAAUGGUCUUUAUUGCAUCGAUAUCGUUGCUUUAUCUGACAACACAGCAGUGCCUCAAUUUGUUGCCUCAAUUUGUUGCUUCAACACAAUUAUGACAGCUGCCAGGCGUUUGUAAAUUGUUUCAGGGUCACGCAGUCUGUUCUCUUCCAAAGGUGUCAGUCCACUCGUAGAGGAGUGUAGAAGCCGCUGUCAAGGAAAAUAUUUUUGCAUGAUUGGAUAUAGAACUUGGCUAGUGAUGCGGCACUUAAUGCAGAACAUCUGUCGGAGGUCUUUGCUUUCCCCAUUUACUUAUUUUCCUUCACAGAGGUCCAUUUCGUUUUAUUGCCUUCGGUUACUGAUGUCUUCAGAGUGAAAACGGUCAAACCGCACCCCCUCUGAGCAGGCAUUUCUCAUUUUUCACUCCCAGCACACACGAUAUGUGAUGCGAUUUUCUCCCAUGGCAUUUCUAUGAUUUGCUGCAGAAGUGGUGUGCAAGAGAGCAGGCCUGUGAUCAGAAGAGCCAUUCCUAUAUUAUUCCCUCUUUGCUCUAUUUUCUUGGAAUGCCACCUGGAAGAGCUUCAUUCGUCCUGUAAAAUGGUCCGUGGACCAUCAUGAGGCCAUGCAGUUGGUAAAAGGCUGUAAGCCUGGCCCGCUCAUUACUCCAAUCAUCAUCUCAGGUCUUUCAUAUAAUUACUUGUUGCCAGUUCGUGCUUUCCAUGUGCACAGACUGAUGAGGUUCCAUUUAUACUAGAACAGGUCACACGUCCAUCUGCUAUAUUUAUUUUUUCCCCCACAUAAAUGGCAACUUUGAGGACUGAAAAUGAAGCUAAUGUCCAAGUAGUAAAAAUUGCAGUUCCUUUAACAUCCACUUGAGGCUGUAUCCAAAAGUGAGUCAGUCCCCAUAGACUUUUGUGAUAAAAUGCCCAAAGUCAUCCAUCAAAAUGACUUUCUACUGGGAUGGUGUGGAGACCAGUGUUGCCAUUCUGAUGGACAGGUAUGCCAACAAAAGCAUUGGUAGCUGGAAGCUGUUUGCUCGGUUUCAACUACACUAAUUCAAGUCACUGAAUUAGACCACCUGGUUGUUUUUGUGCUGUUGGUACCUUUUGGAAUUAUCUGACCAAUAAUAAAAAUAAAUAGCAUGCUCUGCGGUACAAGCCAACCAAAACUCAGUUUUGCUGAUUGAAGUUCUCUUAUUUUAUUGCAGUUACUUGAUUGUCAGACAUUUACACAUGUUCAUAAUGGGCAUGAGGUCAUGGUAAUUUUAGGUGUUUCUGGAGAGGAAUGAUUGUAAAGCAUACAUAUUUAAUGACUUUAAAGAACAAGUAUUGGGUGCACAAGUUUGUGUAAAUUGGAGAAAAUCCAAAAUAAAUUCAGAUUCAAAACACCACUAAUAUUUGGUUAAACAGCAACUUGCAUCUUGACCAGAUGCUUUUGGUUUGCCAUCAACAAACUUCUGGCAUAAUUCUGGCUGGAUAUUUGACCACUGGAUGGUUUCCUGGCACAGACCUGGCUUAUACGCAUAGUCCAAAUAAACAAGCCUAAUACCUUCUAGAGAAAAGUAUUAUGGAAAGACAAAACAAAGAGCUAUUUGUUCACAUUGAAUAGAUGUAUGUUUUAUGUUUGGAGGAUUAUAGGUGAGGCUUUCAAACUUAAAAACACUGUACCAACUGUCAAACAUGGUAGUGGCACCAUCAUACUCAGUGGCGUUUUUGCUGUCAGUGAUACUGGUAGAAGUAGUAGAAACAUUCUUCCACUUCACCUCAAAUCAACAGCUACACAACUGAAAUUUAGGCAUAAUUGGACGUUAAAUCAAGAGAAACAUACAUGAAAACUGGUUUUGGAAUGGAUAAAGCAUCACCUCAACUAAAUAUGUGUCUGUGCUUUACAGGCACAUGAUUUAUAGAUGCAGCUUGCUAACCAAGUUUGCUAAUCUUACUGACAUGGCACUCUGACAUGGCAGUGACCAAUGUGGGAAGCCCAGAAAUCUUUAAUACACAGCUUAUGGUUCCAAACAGCAAUAGGAUGGGGGGGAAAAGUGACUUCAGGACUACUAGAUCAAGAGUUCCUACAACACUUAUAGCAAAAUAUAGCAGAAUACACAAAUGUGUUUCCUUGUAGAGCAGAUCUUUUAAUAAUAAAUAAUUUUAAAAAAUCCAAUGUGAAUUCUCUUGCACAGCCUCAAUGAUGUGUUCAAAAUAAAGUAUACUUUAUAUCCUUUAUAGUAUAUUAGAGUAUCCUUUAUAGUAUCUUUAGAUUCACCUGCAAAUUCAGGAAUCUAAUAUGACCAGCUAAGAGACUAUUAACCUACUACUUGUUUUAUCCUCUGCACAAAUAAAGUCAAAAACUUGCAAGCUCUAUGAUGACCUUGCUUGGUCCCUGAACCUUAGCUUGGGAACCUCCUGGACUAGAGUGGCAUUCAGAGCCCCUCUCAGAUUUGAGCAGCUCGGUUUAUUUAUAGAUCCUGUAUGUGUGAGUUUGUGUUUGUGUGUUGGAUGAAAUGGCUGCACUGUUGGUUAGAUUAAGCAGGGAUGUGCUGGGGGCGGGGGUUUGCCUCUCUGCUGCACAUGUGGCCCUAAACCACAAGACUAGCUUGGGGGGGUCACCUCAAGGUUAGCCCCUUUAAAGAGCCGACUAUAUUGGCUGUGGCCGGCCAUAACAAGGGAGUGAAACUCGAAGCGCUUCCCCCACCCUCCCCAAAUAACACACCAGACCUACCAGGUCCAGCCCUCCUCUCUCCCCCCAACUCCUUUCUCUUACAGCCAUUGUCAACCACGACCCGUCUGCUAGAUUUCUAAGUCAGGUCAGCCACCCCUUUCAGUCUCACCAAUGUGCGGCCUGCCCCCUGCAACCCAGACACGCGUGCACACUACCAUAAAGUACAGCCGCUGUCCCAUCCUCUGCCCAUUGCUGCCUUCAAGUGCUCCUCUUACAAUUCAUUGUCAUAUUAAAAUGUGGGAAUGUGAAUGCAUUUGAUGGUCAUUAAUUAGAAGAUUUGUUGGAUUUAGUGUCAAUUUUACAUACAGGGUGUGGGACUACGUUUAUUUUGUUGCUUUUUUUCCCUAGCUGGCUAAAGUCAGGGUAGUGAUAUUUCUUAGCGCUCCUGAAGGCAGCGCCUCCUCCCUCCCCUACCCCCCACCACCCCGUCGCUGUCCCUCCCCCGAAGCUCUCUGAUAGGCCGCUGCGGCAUUCUGUCAGUUUACGGGCGUGGCUUGAGGACGCCGUGUCUGCCGAGCUGUAGUAGGGUAAAGACAGCUGCUCUCAGCGACGGAGGAAGGAACGGAAAAAGCCGUACAAUGCAUUAGCCACAGGCAAUGGCUCGUCCCCAGCUCUCCCAGUGAUUCUCUCACCGAGCCGCUCCGAGAGAAUUAUGGCGUGAGAAAAGCCGUGGGAUAAUUAAAGCGAAACUGUCGGGAGUUACUUGUAGCGGCAGACUCUGCUGCUGCUGCUGCUGCCUGGAAGUUUUUCGUUGUUUUCCCGUCGGGGGGCCCCGACGCUGGCGGCGGCGGCGGCGGCGGCGGCUCUCUCCCCGGAGCGGUGUCCCGGUCUGCCCAGCCCCAUGCAAAACCUAACGGCUCCUGGCGGCCCCGGCAACUCCAAUGUCACCUGCUCCUGCAACUGCACCGCUUCCCAGCCACAGGGAAUGGAGAUAUCUGAACUGGAGUUUGUUCAGAUCAUCAUCAUCAUCGUUGUGAUGACUGUGAUGGUGGUGGUGAUCAUCUGCCUGCUCAACCACUACAAGCUCUCCACCUGGUCUUUCAUAACGAGGCAGAGCCAGGCCCGCAGGCAUGACCAUGCCCUACAACAGGACGGGUGCCUGUGGCCUUCAGACAGCGGCUCUCGGCAAGGUGCCUCGGAGGUGUUAUAUGCUCCGCAGGCGAGGGAUCGCUUCACCGCUCCCUCCUUCAUGCAGCGUGACCGCUUCAGCCGCUUCCAGCCCACCUACCCCUACCUGCAGCAUCAGAUUGACCUGCCGCCCACCAUCUCUCUGUCGGACGGGGAGGAACCACCGCCGUACCAGGGACCCUGCACCCUCCAGCUCCGUGACCCCGAGCAGCAGAUGGAGCUGAACCGCGAGUCGGUGAGGGCACCGCCCAACCGGACCAUCUACGACAGUGACUUGAUCGACAUGGGAGGAGGCGGGAGUCUAGGAGGGGUAGGGGGAGGAGGGGCUGGGAUGGGGGGCGGUGGCCCGAGGCCGCCCAGCAGUAACUCGGGCAUCAGUGCCGCCAACUCCAGCAGCCACGGGCGUAUGGAGGGCCCCCCGCCAGCAUACAGCGAGGUGAUAGGCCACUACCCUGGCUCAGCAUUCUUUCUACACCAGCACAGCAAUAACCAGAGGGUGGGGAGGCCGGGGGGGCUGGGGAGCAGGACAAUCCAGCAGCAGAGCCAAUCAGAAAGCACAAUUGUACCUGCCAAGGCCAAGGACGGCCAACCAGAGGACUUGGUGUGAAGAAACGGGGAGGGGAGAGGUAGGGCAACCCACCCCAGACUGAGAUCUGUGUCUCUCGUUCACCCCAGACCUCCUGUAAGCCGGGGUGUCUCUUAUCGCUCUGUCUCUCACGUCCUCUCUCCACACUCCCAUGCACAAACACACCAACUUUAGCUACAGAAACGAGCAAAGAGAGGAACCAACAACUGAUCUCAUUUCAUCCAUGCGCUAGCACUGCUGGGACAGGAUGUACGCACUGUGUCCAGACUUUUUUUUUCCUCCUUAUUUUAAGAAAGAACCACACUGCUAGCACAGAUUGAAACAGUUUUCUCUUUCACCCCCCCCCACUCCCCCCGGCGGUGAUGCCGCUGUCCCCAGGAACUGAGGAGGGAUCAGUUUUGGGGGGGUUUGUUGUUUUCUUCUUUCUUCAUUGUUUUUCUGUUUUUGGACCGGGAUCUGUGCACAAAGCGAGAACUGAGAAUCAAGGACUUUACAGAGAACACAACGAAACAAGAGACUCACAAACCCAAAUCUUAGUGCCAAGGUUCACAAGGAAGCAAAACAAAGGGGGGGGAAUGACUUGUUUUAACAUUGAAAACACAAAAGAAACGUUAUCUCAAAGUUGCACUAUCUUUUUGUUGUAAAAGAGAAGAGGGAAAUGAUGUUAUGUUAUAACAGCGAUGUUUUUAAUUUCCUGUCUUGUUUGUUUGUUUUUUGGCCUUUUUGUGAAUGGACUGAUUGACUGACUGAACUUUGGCUCCAAAGUUGUUUUAAACAAUUGGGAGCAAAAACAAAAAAACAAAACAAAAAAACCCAACAACAACAAAAAAACAACAACAAAAAAAACAAGUAUUAUAAGCUUAUGUCCUUCCUUUUUUGAAAACCGCAAGAAAUCCUUGUACCCAGCCUAAACAUCUCUGUCUGCUUACACCACAGGCACAGUGAGACUUAGUAAGAGAAUAACCUGUACUGCUUCAUGUCUGCGUUCACAUCAUGGGGAGGGGUGGGGGGGUAAUCUGCCUCAUGAGCAGCUGCUGGAUUGAUGGCGUGUUAUAACUAACCACCAGAGGAAGUGAGCAAAGAUUAGAGUCCUAAACACAGCUUGGCUGGAUUCAGUGGGAUCCAGGCUCAGGUUUGUGAGAUAUCAGCCCAGCUGUUUUGAUAUCAAGUUAAAAAAAAAAGCCCUCGGCCCCUGUUAAGGAGGGUCUGUCUAGCAGGUGGUCAGAGCAGAUUCUUCUCAUUUCAAAUCUACCCUGACUGCUGAGUACCUGAUGUUUCCUCUCGCCCCCAUUCCCUGCAUCCAGGUCCACUGCCCUUCCCCAAAUGCUCGUCUCAGACAUCUUGCACAGUGCAUUCUGCCAACAGCCACCACACUGAACUCGAACCCACACAGAAAAACACAAAAUAUGUGAAGAAGAAGAAGGAGGGGGGAAAAAAAGAAGGCUCGACUCUCCGUCUUCACGUUUCUAAAGCCACAAAAGAAUGACACAAAGUGAAGAUUCCUGUCUGCGUCUGUCAGCACAGAGAUCAGGUUUUUAAAGGAAAAUUGUCUGUGGUCAAAGUCAAAGGGCUAUGGGAGGCUCCUUUUUGUAAAAGAAACACAGAAAAAAAACCUUUUUGAAAAUCUAGCCUUUUUCUCUGCUCAUCGUUGCCUUCUCCUCUGCUCUUGCGCUUUAUCUGUCUCUCUUUCCUGUUUGCGCCAGUCCCCCUCCCCCCUUUUCUAACGGCGUCUCCGGUAAACACUGUUCAUCAUCACUCCAUCCAUCCAUCCAUCCGUGUGCAGAAAAAGUGCGAUCAAGUGAUGCAGAGUCCGCCGAGCCCUUUAAAGUGGAGACUGGAGUGGAGUUCUCAUUCGGCAGCAUGCUGGUGCAGCCCUCUCCUCACUGUAUAAGUGUGUACACGUGUGCGUUUGUUGGUCAGACCUUUUAACAACACAGAAAAGCACUUAAUGCUCCUGCAGGAGUUUUGUGUGUGUGUGUGUGUGUGUGUGUGUGAGAGAUUGUAACUGAAUGAUUUAUUAACUGACUCCAGUUUAAACAUUCAAGGACAUAUUACUUCUUUAACACAGCUUCAGUUCAGCUUUCAUCGGGAUACAGUCGAGUGUCUUUCUUAAAAAGGCAGAAAUGCUCCAUGUUUGAUUGUCACAGUGCAAAGGUGACAUCACAGUGAGCCUCAAACAAAGUGGACGCAUCCAGCAAACCCCAAAAAGGAAAAGCCCAGCUGGGAUGAUGAUGAUGUGAGUCUGUUCCAUACUACGUACUGGUUCCAGGCGUGCUAGCAGUACAGCCUCAGCACGUCGGCGUGCACGCGGGACAUGCUUGUUUUCUGAGUGAAGUGCAGUCUUUAUAGUCCCUCCAUGUAUUAAAUCUUUGAAAAACGAAAGCUCUGCUUUCUUUUCAAGAUCAGAGGACAAGGUUGUAUGAAUUUGAUGUUUUUCCUACUCUCAGCAAAUCCCAUGAAAGUGUCUAAAUACUUUUGUGACCUCCUCACCCCGUCUGUAGCACUCGGCACUAAGCACCAGUUCCAUUCAUUUCUGCUGAAGAGACACAAUAUUUAAAAGAAGCAUUUGGCUCAAGGUUAAAUUAGUGUGUUUCUUGUUAAUGCCAAAAUUCAUCGUCGAAGAGCAAUCGCUUUCACAGUCCACUGUUGUCACGAUUUUAAAGCUCUGUACGUGGGAGUCAUUAUGACAGGUCUGUUAGUGGAGCUUUUUAAAAAAAAAAAAAAAAAAAAAAUCCAACCAGUGGAUUUUUCAGCGUGAGGCUCACAGGGAGGUGGGUGCAGCACCUGGACGCUGCACACGUGGCUCUAGUUAGAUUUGGACUGGUUGAGGACUAUUUUAAGCUCAAACACAUUUGGUGCUCUAGUGGGCACUAGCACCCACAGGAAGGCUGUGUGAGUCCAUGUAUACGGCUGCGUGCUGGUAAUGAAGGAACAUGCUUUCCGGUGCGACUCACUGUUAUUCAACCACAGUCGAGCUCAUGGGAAUAACAUGCUAACAAUAACACGUUUGCAGAUCAUUUUUGUUUCAGGAAAAUGUGUGAAUCUGUUGCCAGGAUGUUUCAGAAAAGCUGAAGAAGUUGCAGGAUGUUUCACAGCUAACUGGCAACAGGUCCAUAGCAUCUUUGAUUAGAAAGGAUCGUCUUUCAGUAAAGACGGUUAGUGAUACCAUACUCUGAAGACUGCAACGGAAAACGUGUUUGUGCCCACGCUCGUGCCAGAUGAAACCCUCAGUAAUGCUGGGUGAUGGAGCAACAUGUGGUCCCACCCUGAUGAUCUUUCAGUGAAGCCUCUGCUUAUUUCAGCAAGACCGUGCUUCUCAUACCUAUGGGAUGAGCUGCUAGGAUCAAAUUUAAGCGACACGUGUAAAAUGUAGUCUGAUCAUUUGAUAUAAUCUUGUUUAAACUGCUCAUUUAAAUUAUUUCCAUUAGGCUGUGUUGGGUUUGUAACAUUUUACACUGAAUCCCAGGGUGCACUGGGAACAUGCAGUACUUAUGAAUCUUUUCAUGGGAUUUGUUGACAAGAAAAAAUAUAAAGUAACACCAGGCUGAACAUCUUUUAUCACUACUUGUCAGCGCACAACAAAGAAAAACUUGAUGAGGUCUCGUAUGACGAAUACACAAACCUCUGUAGUAUGAAAUGAAAUGUGUCGGUGUAGAACACCUGCUGCUGCCAGAUGAACACGGGUGAUUAUUGGACGAGUGCAGCAGUGUUCGAUGGCAUCAUGCCAAACAGCUGAGGUGGAAGCAGGAAGUGGUUCUUCAUGUAUGUUUGUCCCCCUCCUUCCACACUCAUGAGUCACUUAUAAGAAAGUUUCAGUCAGUCUGAACGGAAGCCCCGUCGGCAUCGGUGUGUUUGAAUGUCCCAGUGGUUAUCAGCUGACUCUAAGGUUUUGUUGUUUGUGUGUGUGAGUGAGAUCACAUCGCUGCUAUUGCUGUUGCUGCUGCUACUGUUGUUGCUACUGCUGCUUCUCAUGCUCACCCCAACCCGCCCAAAGUCUUUGUAUCACCCCCCCUCACAUCAACCAGAAGGAGAGAAAUCUGGCCCUUUGCAGUCAAACCCACAAGUAUUGAGACAUCAAGCCUUGUGUUCCAACACUUUGACUUCAGACGAGCAGAGGUGUGUUUACCUAGCAAAGAUUGUCCCAACACUUGGCCUUUGACCUACUCCAGCCCCACAUCUUCUUCCCCCGUUUUUUUUUUUUUUAAUUUAUUUUUUCCUUCUUCUUCUUUGUUCUCUGCUUGUUCUUUCUGCGCAGUCAUAGCUUGUAAAUGGAGGAUACAAAGAUGAAUUUUAUGUUUUCUACAAGGAGGUUUGCAUGUUACUAUUAUGUGAGUAAAUAAGGUGCCUAACGUUCAUGUUUGAGCAGACCACACCUCAGUCAGACUGCUGCUGGGAAUCCGCGAGGGUGGCUUCAUCGCCGCCUGUCUGGCAGAAUAGAGAAGCAGAGUGCGAGGACGGCCAAAGAGCGAUCCUUUGUCUUUUUUUCUUUUUUUUUUUCCUCUCUCUAAAGUCGUGGACGGAUGAGUCUGCUCCGACAUUUAGGAUUCUGGGGCGUUCUCAAGCUCUUGUUAAUUUAGCGACACCCACGCACCCACCCUCCCUCCCAAUGAGCAACAGUGUGCCUGUUUCCAAACUUGCUGCUCCACCUUAAACUUUUUUUAUUUUUAUUUUUAUUUUUUUUGAGUGCGGCAGUUGCUCACCGGCCAUUGUGCCAGACAGGACCGGUCGCUCCUAGAGAAGCCACUGAAGCCAUUCCAAGCAGUAAUGUGACCCGUGUGGAGCAGACAUAGGAAACCCACUUGCACUCAAAAAGCUCCCACCUUCGUUGUGCCUCACUUCCAACGGUGCUUUUUUCAGUAGUCUGUCUUUCUUUAUGUUUGUUUGUAAGGUGCUGUAUAUAACUUGAAUAUAUUAUGCACAUAUCCUACCCAAUGGGUAGAAACCACAAAAAGAUGUUGUGAAUAAUGUAAUAUAAUGUAUAGACGAUAUAAGAAUUUUAAGAAGGCAGCAUCAAAUUUGUAAAUGCCUACAGUUAAAAAUGUGCUUUGUCUUUUUUUUCCCUUUUUUUUUUUAAAAAAAAAUAAGAAAACGUGGUUUGCAAAGUACGCUUAGAAAAUGGUUGCAACACAAAUACAAAUUACUACUUAAUAAUAUUUUGCUAUGAAUAGUCUGUUAUGAGGACGAGAGAACCUCGGGAUUAAGGACCCUUGUUGAGAGACGAUAUUCACGUGUUUGUCGGAUUCUUCUGUCACAGUGCCAGCCAUCAUUUAGGCACUGGCUGAUGAUUUUUCUUUUGACCAACUAACAAAUGUAUAGCUCUAUUAUACAGAUCUUUUAAGAAAACCUAUAUCUCACACACACACACACACACACACGAGAGCUGUCAGCACCUCUCCGUGAUCUUGGAGAAUGUGCUCCUCUGUACGUCUGAUUUUUAGUUUUUGUAAUUCUGCCAAAGUGUAAAAACUCGCUGAGCACACUGGGCUCUGCUUAUUGGUCCGGCUGGAUGUUUAGGCAUUUCAGCUCUAGUUUUUAAUUGCAUGGUUGUCAAAGAGGAAAACCAUCAAUGGAGGGGAAGAAGGAAAAAGAAAUCCAUUUAGUUUGGAAAGUUGCACCAGCAUGGCACGAGCGAGGGGAAAAAAGCCGUUCAAACUGUCACUUUUUUUGUUUUUGUUUGUUUCCUCUGUUAUUUUUCACGAUUAUUUUCUACAUUAUAAUGUUAUAUGUGGCACAGUAUAUUAAAACAAAAGUCAUGUUUAAUCUGCAGUCAUUUAUUUACAGUAUGUACUGAAAAUAACUCCACUGUACAAUAACCGCAGAGCAUGUUCAUUCUUAUCUAUAGACGAUGUACAUAGCAACGCGCCAUGUUCUCUUUGAAGCACCAAAUAAGUGGCAGUUGUGUAGUUUAUAUUUGGAAAUGGUCUCUAUUGUAACUUUGGCUGGCGUGCCGCUCGGCUCUCCUCUUCCUUUAAUUUCAAUUUAAAAGUUUUUCUUUCUCUUUUUCGUUUCCUGCACUAGCUUGAAGAAUUAACGGGCUCAGACUGAUCUUUUAUUUGAUUUCUCUCUUCGCAGUGCUCUCUCUCUCUCUCAGAAAUGUGUACUCGACUGCUGACAAGACCACAAGUAGCUCUUUUUACUGUUCCUGAUUUUAAUGACGACGAUAUCGUGUCAACAGUUUGGUAUUCUCUCAGUCUUGACAGCUAACAUAGGACUGCUUCCAUCAUGGGUUUUGUAACAUCGUUUAGCUUUCGUUACAAAAAUGAUUCUUCCUCUCCCCCCUCUGUGCUCAAAUCUAGAUAUAUAUGGCUGUAUUCAGUAACCAUACAAUGUGUGUGUGAUUUUAUAUAUAUAUCUAUAUAAAUAUAUAUAUAAUAUAAAAUACACACACAUACACACAAACACAGAGGUAAAAUUGUUGUGUAUUUUUCCCUCUUUUUAUUUAAGCAAUUGUGAUGUAAUAGGUUUUAGGCCUAAGGUCUGUUAUUGCAAUACUUUUACAGAAAAGAAAAAAAAAUCAAAAAAUGUUGCUCUAAGUGCUGUUGUAGUCAAAGAUUUUAUGCUUGUACUUAUGCUGUAGUCAAACUGCAGCGUAAUGAAUAAAACUUUAAAAGUGA